GCAGGAUCACCGUGGACUUCAUUUGUAUCCACACAGCUGGGCCGUAAGCUGACUGUGGCUAAUCCCCCCAGUUUAUGGGUGGGGAGACCCUUUAGGCCCAUAUAGGAGUUGUGUCCUCUGUGGGGUCACACAGCAAAGAUGGGUUUGGACCCAAGACACUGGUGUCCCAGCUGCUCUUCUGUCCUUACUGGAGGACAGGUUCCCCCCUCCCCCGGUUAGGAGGUCCCAGGGAAGAGGGCGGGCAGCUGGCCGUGGGUGACUGUGCUGCACCUGGGAGAGGGGGGCAGAGGACGUGAGAUCGGAGGGAGCGAGGGGCCGCUCCUGGGGUCUCACUGCAGCCUCUUUUCCCGUUCCAGGGUUACCACAGGUCAAACCACUUCAUAGCUGCUCAAGGUACCUGCACCUCUGCCCGCGCCCGUGUGCUGAGUGCCGUCUGCCCUGCUGCCUUCCCUCUGACCUGCUUGGCUCCCUGUCUGCCUCCCUGAUGUCUCUCUGUCCAAGUCCCACUGUCUGGCUGCGGCUUCUGGCCGCCAGUCUCUGCUCCUUUGUGUUCGUGUCUCCCCGAUGUGCUCAGUGCAUGUGUAGUUCCCUUGGUCGUCUGUCUGUCUCUGAGGUGGUGCAUGCAGAAGGGUAGGCAAGCUCAGUCCUGCCAAGUGUGGAUGGUGCCUCUGGCUCUGGGGGCUGCCUGGGUCCCUCUGGCUGUCUUUGCCCCCAACUGUUCAUUUGUCCGUUCCUCUGAGAGACUUGGGCUGUAGACUGAGGAUCUAGCCCUCUGGCUCUGCCUCCUGGGUUUCAGUCGGGAUGAUUGGGGUCUCCGGCCAGCCAGGCCCUCUCUGAUCCUACCCAUACCCUUGGGGCCCCCCAGGCACGAGUUGGCAUUGGGUGGGGUGUGCACGGGGUGAGCAUGACGCCUUCACUGGGGCUCAGGAGCCUCCUGGCCUGGGGUGGGGGUGCUGGGCAGCAGGUGCGCUGGCCCUGGGUGGAGACCUUGCCUCAGGGAUGAGCACCCUCUGCGCCCCAGGGCCGAAGCCCGAGAUGGUCUACGACUUCUGGCGCAUGGUGUGGCAGGAGCACUGUUCCAGCAUUGUCAUGAUCACCAAGCUGGUGGAGGUGGGCAGGGUGAAAUGCUCACGGUACUGGCCGGAGGACUCGGACAUGUACGGGGACAUCAAGAUCACGCUGGUGAAGACGGAGACUCUAGCUGAGUAUGUCGUGCGCACCUUCGCCCUCGAGCGGAGAGGCUACUCUGCCCGGCACGAGGUCCGCCAGUUCCACUUCACCGCCUGGCCGGAGCACGGUGUCCCCUACCACGCCACAGGGCUGCUGGCCUUCAUCCGGCGCGUGAAGGCCUCUACCCCGCCUGAUGCUGGGCCCGUUGUCAUCCACUGCAGCGCGGGCACUGGACGCACAGGCUGCUACAUUGUUCUGGAUGUGAUGCUGGACAUGGCGGAGUGUGAGGGCGUCGUGGACAUUUACAACUGCGUGAAGACCCUCUGCUCCCGGCGCGUCAACAUGAUCCAGACAGAGGAGCAGUACAUCUUCAUUCACGAUGCAAUCCUGGAGGCCUGCCUGUGUGGGGAAACCACCAUCCCUGUCAGCGAGUUCAAGGCCACCUACAAGGAGAUGAUCCGCAUUGACCCUCAGAGUAAUUCCUCCCAGCUGCGGGAAGAGUUCCAGACGCUGAACUCGGUCACACCGCCUCUGGAUGUGGAAGAGUGCAGCAUCGCCCUGCUGCCCCGGAACCGGGACAGGAACCGCAGCAUGGACGUCCUGCCGCCCGACCGUUGCCUGCCCUUCCUCAUCUCUGCUGACGGGGACCCUAACAACUACAUCAAUGCGGCCCUGACGGACAGCUACACGCGGAGCGCGGCCUUCAUCGUGACCUUGCACCCGCUGCAGAGCACCACGCCGGACUUCUGGCGGCUCGUCUACGACUACGGGUGCACCUCCAUUGUCAUGCUCAACCAGCUGCACCAGUCCAACACUGCCUGGCCCUGCCUGCAGUACUGGCCAGAGCCGGGGCGGCAGCAGUACGGCCUCAUGGAGGUGGAGUUUGUGUCGGGCUCCGUGGAUGAAGACUUGGUGGCCCGUGUCUUCCGGGUGCAGAACAUCUCUCGGCUGCAGGAGGGGCACCUGCUGGUGCGGCAUUUCCAGUUCCUGCGCUGGUCUGCGUACCGGGACACGCCUGACUCCAAGAAGGCCUUCCUGCACCUGCUGGCCGAGGUGGACAAGUGGCAGGCCGAGAGUGGGGACGGGCGCACUGUCGUGCACUGCCUAAACGGGGGCGGCCGCAGUGGCACCUUCUGCGCCUGUGCCACAGUCCUGGAGAUGAUCCGCUGCCACAACCUGGUGGAUGUUUUCUUUGCUGCCAAAACGCUUAGGAACUACAAGCCCAAUAUGGUGGAAACCCUGGAUCAGUACCACUUUUGCUAUGAUGUGGCGCUGGAGUACCUGGAGGGUCUGGAGUCAAGAUAGCGGGGCCCCUGGCCUGGGGCACGCAUUGUGCACUCAGGGCCAGGCCCAGCACGGACGAGGAAGACCUGGGCCCCGACUCUGCUCCACUACAACUCCCACGGGGAAAGCACUAGAGUGGGCCCUGCGCCAUCUUGGUGCCCCUUUCCGCUGUGGGCAGGGCCUCUCAACGUGUCCGAUGAUGGGCAAGCUGUGGGCCACAGAGGAGCUUAGCGGCUGCAGCCCAGCCCCCCUCCACAGGGUCCUGCAAGUCUGCACUGUGAGUCUGGCACUGCCUGGUGGAGUGACAGGGGCUCAGGGCUACCAGCUUGGGAGGACCCAGGCUCAAGCUCCUUGACUCCAGGCUCAAGCCCCAGACUCUGUCCCAGCCCUUGGCAGAGAUGAGUGAGCCCCUGCAGAGUCUGCGGCUGGCCAAGGUUUCCACCCAGCGUGGCUUCCUCUUGACACAGAUAGAGGGUGCAUUGGGACUUGGCAUCUGGAAUCCCACCUGGCCUGGUCCCUGAGGGUCCUGGGGAGACUGGGCACAUCAGACUGGUCCUCCCCAGAGGGGACUAUGGUCCCCUCCUCCACCCUGCUGCCCCCCCCCCAGCCCCGGGGAUAUUUUGCUUAUGGUCCCUCCCACUAUUACUUCUUUGAUGUGUGCUCUGAGCUUCCUUGAACCCAGAUCUGCCCUUCCCUUGCCCUAUUCUCCAUGGGGGCCCUUUCCCUGCCUGACCCAAUGUCUGCAGAAUGAAGGUACCUCAGCCCUUCUUCCUGUACCUUUCAGGCCUCACUGGUGGGUCCUGCUCAGCCUAGGCCAGUGACAAUCUGCAAGGUUGAACAACAGCCCUUGGGGUUGAGGUCUCUGUGACUUCUGGUCAGGCUGCCCCCUGGGGACAGGGCCCUACUAGAUCGGGGUGCUUGCAACUUCUACAGUUCAGAGGAAGAACAUGUAUUUUGGGAUGGAGGAACAAUUCUCUUUUGUUAAUUUUAUGAUUUUUUGAUGGGUGGGUGGGAAAAUCUCUUUAAAAUGGGGCAGGCCACACCCCCAUUCCGUGCCUCAAUUUCCCCAUCUGUAAACUGUAGAUAUGACUACUGACCUACCUCGCAGGGGGCUGUGGGGAGGCAUAAGCUGAUGUUUGUAAAGCGCUUUGUAAAUAAAUGUGCUCUCUGAAUGCCACA